CGCUUCUGCACCAAACGUCUCUGAUAUACCUGCUCCCAAGUUUUUCCAAGUACCUGUAAAAAAUGUUGCAACUAUGGAUGUAUCUUUCGUCACGUUUUUGGAGUUAUUAAAUGUUUAUUCUUCGAUAAGAUACGUUAAUAACAUUGCAAGCAUUACAUCUCCUUGUUUACGAAAGAAUAUAGAAAAUCAAACUGUUCAAAAUUUCAAUUGGAGUGAUACUGCGAACGUCGAUGUCGUCUUUUUGAACCCUUCACAGGCAACUAAUGAUAAUAAGAAUGUGAUUGUAAACAUAGGUGAUGAUCUUACUCCACUUCAGAAAUUAGAAUGGCUCAAAUUCUAUUCGCUUUUCUUUGACAAGGAAGCUGAUGUCAACCGAACUUUCGGAUAUUUACAAAAUAAUUAUCAAUGUAAUACCAAUAAUCUUAAUUAUAUACCUAUUGCUAACAAAAAAACAAUUGCUUGGGUAUCUUAUGACCCUAUUUUAAAGCAAUUUGAAGUGAAAAAUGACAUAUAUCACGCUCAAUUAAUCAAGGAUGCUG